AUGAGGAAGCUGUCGUCCAAGCUGUUGAUUUCACAUGUCAUUGCCAUGGCCAUGUUACUUAACAACAAUUCUAAUGGGACGGGCAGGCAUAGGGGGGUUAAUGCUAGAGUAAAGAGAACCUUUAGGCUUAGAUUAGGGAGCUGGAAUGUAGGUACACUUAAGGGAAAACUUUUAGAGCUAGAAAACGCUUUGGCUAGAUGUAAAACAGACAUUGCGUGUUUUCAGGAAACUAAGUGGACAGGUAAAAGCACUAGAGAUGGGAAUGGAUUCAAGCUUUGGUAUUCUGGAGCGCCUAAGUCGAUAAAUGGAGUAGGGAUCAUCAUGACAGAUCGACUUAAAGACUUUUCAGGCCGGAGUGAAGGAGAGAAGAAGAGUUUUUGGGACUCACUGGAUGAGCUCGUGAGGAGUUGCCCGGAUGACCAACGACUAGUUUUAGGAGGAGACUUAAAUGGGCAUAUAGGAGUACAGUCAGACGGAUACCCGGGUGUACACGGGGGUUUAGGAUUUGGUCAGAGGAAUGAAGAGGGACGCAAGAUAUUGAAAUUCGCUACUGCGCAUGACCUGGUAAUAGCAAACUCGUUCUUCCGAAAGAGGAAAUCUCAACUGAUUACCUUCCAGAGCGGCGGCAAUGAAACGCAGAUCGACUACUUCCUGGUGCGUAAAGGAGACUUCAGGGCUUGUAAAGAUUUCAAGGUCCUCCCUAAAGAGGGUUGCUACUCCCAACAUAAACUACUAAUGUUGGAUUUAUUCUUGAUUAGACGAGCAACCAAGACAGAGAAGGCUGUAACGCCAAGAAUCCUUUGGAAAAACCUUAUGGGUGAAGCAGCAGAGACGUUUAAAUCAACAACCAGCGCGAGGUUCUCAUUAGAGAUUUAA